CGGAACAGCAAAAUAUAUCCACCCCCCAAAACUUUUAAAUCCUCUCUCUCUCUCUCUAACUUUGCCGCAUUUCCUUCACAUAAAGUCCAAUUUCCCCAAGCACACAGACGAUUUCCCGACCGUUUCCAAACUGCGACUUCGCCGGAAUCUCUCUUCGAUCUCUCCGUUCUCAGAGGGAUGGGGAAUAGAGUGGAUCACGAGUUUGAUUACUUGUUUAAGAUCGUGUUGAUUGGAGAUUCUGGAGUCGGGAAAUCCAACAUUCUGUCCAGGUUUACCAGGAACGAGUUCUGCUUGGAGUCCAAAUCCACUAUUGGGGUCGAAUUCGCCACUCGGACUCUUCAGGUGGAAGGGAAAACAGUGAAGGCUCAAAUAUGGGAUACUGCAGGUCAAGAAAGGUAUCGAGCCAUCACGAGUGCGUACUACAGAGGAGCUGUAGGAGCUCUCCUUGUUUACGACAUAACGAAAAAGCAAACCUUCGAUAAUGUCCAAAGGUGGCUCCGAGAGCUAAGAGACCAUGCAGACUCUAACAUAGUCAUCAUGAUGGCCGGCAACAAGUCAGACCUUAACCACCUACGAGCAGUGUCAGAGGAGGAUGGUCAAGCCUUGGCUGAAAAGGAAGGGCUCUCAUUUCUCGAGACAUCAGCUCUGGAAGCAUAUAAUGUAGAAAAGGCUUUUCAGACUAUCUUGUUAGAGACCUAUCAUAUAAUCAGCAAGAAGGCAUUGGCUGCAGAGGAAGCAGCCAAAGCUGUUGCACUUCCUGGUCAGGGUACCACCAUCAAUGUUAGCGAUCCCUCUGAAAAUGCGAAGAGAGGCUGCUGCUCUACCUGAGUGUUUUGAAUCAAUGGAUGAAUGAUUGUUUGGGUUUGGGCAGAUCCUCAGUCCUCCCCUUUUCUUCUCAUGGAACAAGAAAGAUGAAGAGGUUGAAGGUAUUGGCAUCGGCCUACUCUCAUCUCGAUUGAGCACUUGCAGCUCUUGGUUGUGCUCAUCAUCUAGAUUGUGGGUCCGGCGGUGAUGGUCGUGGUCGUGAUGAUGGUGAUGACCAAGCACCCAAACCGAGACCAAGUUAAUAAGGAAACCAAACGCUGCAGUUGCAAACAUCAGUCUCCCAUUAACUUCAACGUUUUUGUGGAAAAUUCUCUCCACGGCACGGUAGAUCAAGACCAGAGAGACACCCCAUAUCAAGACCACAUUCAAAAGUGAACCUAAAACUUCCCCCCUUUGGAAUCCAAAGGAGUGUUCAGGAGUGGUCACCCGUCCCGAAACCCGCAAUGAGUAGAGAGAUAUGGAGAAUCCAAAUGUGUCAACUAGCAAGUGACUUGCGUCCGUGAACACAGCUAGGCUGUUUGCUAGUAUGCCUCCUAUAAUCUCCACGACCAUCGCUAAUACAGAAAGGAUUAGUAU